AUGGCAGACGAGCGUACAAAGCAGCAGCUUAUCAAUCGGCGAACAACACUUGUCGCGUCACUAGGAAGAGCGGAGCAGUUUGUCGAAAAUUAUGCUGCGGAACGGGAUGCAGGUCAAGUGCAACUACGACUCGAAAAUCUUGAUACCGUGUGGAUGGGACUGGAGAAUGUACAGACACAGCUUGAGGACUUGGAGGAUACUAAUGAAGGUAUGGUCCUAAAUCUCCAAUUUCGUUCCCACUAUGAAACCCGCUUUUUCCAAAUAAAGGCUGCUUUGCAAUCCCAUGUCUCUAAGGCUAAUCCUUCUACCGGCGCAUUCCCACAGUCUGCCUAUUCUGGGCUUUCAGCAAUUAAACUGCCAGUUAUUUCGUUACCUGAAUUUGAUGGGGACUAUAACCAGUGGCUGGCCUUCCACGAUACGUUCGUUGCGUUGAUUCACGACAACACAGAAGUCCCCGAAAUCCAAAAAUUCCACUAUCUUAGAGCCGCUGUGAAAGGAGAGGCAGCUCAGCUUAUUGAAUCCAUAGGUAUCAGUGCCGCUAACUACUGUAUUGCCUGGCAAACUCUUGUGUCGCGUUAUGCCAAUGAUUAUCUUCUUAAAAAGCGCCACGUUCAAGCGCUUUUAGAUUGCCCCCGAAUGAAAACCGAAUCCGCUACUGCAUUGCAUGCUGUCGUUGAUGAUUUCGUACGUCAUACCAAAACCCUGCGUCAGCUUGGAGAGCCCAUUGACGCAUGGAGCACCAUGUUGGAACACUUGCUUUGCCAACGUCUCGAUGAUGGUACCCUUAAAGCUUGGGAAGUAUUCGCUACUACGGCUGACAAUCCGGACUUCAACUGUUUAAUCGACUUUUUGCAACGACGCGUCCGCGUGUUAGAGUCGAUGACCGUUAACCAUCAAGCUCUUUUACUGUCCAGCAAUCAGCCGUCUAAUAAUCAGCCGCCCGCAUUUCGCCGCUCGUCGUUUAAUAGAAUUGCUACCCAUGCUGUGACUGAAACCAAUCAGUAUAAAUGUCAUUCAUGUGAUCAGCACCAUUUGUUAUUCCAGUGUCCACACUUUGGAACAAUGUCCCUCUCCGAUCGUUUAAAUCUCGUUAAUGAUCUGCACCUUUGUCAUAAUUGCUUCAGACAGAACCACAUUGCUCGCAACUGUCAGUCAAAAUUUUCCUGUCGUCAUUGCAAGAGGAGGCACCAUUCGUUGUUACAUCCAGGCUAUCAUCCAACCACCGAUGAACAGAUAACUACUACAUCCCGGGCAAUGGCCAUUCCUACACAAAACGAACAGCAUUCAACGGACUCGGUCCUUCAUCAACCAGCAACGACAUCUCAUGCCACCGCUUAUCCAUCUUGUGCUCUUUCUUCCAAACCCAGUUCUGAUGCAAACGUAUUGCUCUCAACAGUUGUUGUAUUGGUUCUCGAUUCGAAUGGCCAAGCGCACCCUGCCCGAGCUUUGCUAGAUAACGGAUCGCAGUCAAAUAUUAUAAGCGAAAGGUUGUGCCAAAUGUUGCGUUUGAAACGCAGGAAAAUCAAUAUUCCUAUUUCUGGUGUGGGCCAAUCCUCGUGUAGCGUUCGUCACGCUGUUAAAGCCAACAUUAAAUCCAGAAUGAAUGAUUUCGCAAUUGAUUUGCAAUGUCUUGUUAUGCCCCGUAUCACGAUUGACUUACCUGCAACGAUCUUACCUAGGGACAAUUGCCAUGUACCUCAACACCUCUUUUUGGCCGACCCAACAUUCGAUAAAACUGGUGCUAUCGAUUUAUUGCUCGGUGCGGAACACUUUUUCACCUUCAUUAAUUCGGGAAACAAAAUUGAAUGCUUAGGAAAGCCAACCUUAAUAGAGAGCGUUUUUGGGUGGAUCGUCACCGACAGGCAGCAAGUGGGGCUCGUUUCGCACCCUCUGCUUUGUCAUCUCACGAUAAACGAUAGCCUUUCUGAAGCUCUGGAGCAGUUCUGGCGCAUCGAAGAAAUUGAAGGCAAGCGACUUCACUCCCCCGAACAACAGCAAUGUGAAUCCCACUACACCAAAAAUGUAUCCCGUACGAGCGAGGGCAGAUACGUGGUGCGAUUGCCCCGUCAAUCAAAUUUUGACCACAUGAUAGGGGAAUCCAAAACAACAGCCUUACGGCGGUUUCGCUACCUUGAGAAAAGAUUAUCCCGAGAUCCUGAUAUGAAAAUACAAUACCAUCUCUUUAUGUCCGAGUACCUAACGCUAGGGCAUAUGAGACAAGUCUCUACAAAAGAAUGUGAACCAGAGCAUGUGUAUUAUUUACCGCAUCAUGCCGUCUUGAAAGAAUCCAGUACAACGACAAAACUCCGCGUGGUGUUCGAUGGAUCUGCUAGAACGUCGACCGGAUAUUCCCUGAACGAUGCGUUGAAGAUUGGCCCGAUAAUCCAGGACGAGCUACUUACGUUGAUUCUCCGGUUUCGGAAAUACCCGAUCGCGAUGGUUGCGGACAUAGAAAAAAUGUACCGACAGGUUCGAGUGCAUUCCAAGGAUACUUCUUUGCAACGAAUAUUGUGGCGAUUUAGUCACGACGAACCUAUUUGUAGCUAUGAGUUAUUAACUGUAACAUACGGUUUGACCCCCUCAUCUUUUCUCGCCACACGAACCUUACAGCAGCUGGCCUUAGACGAAGGAAAAAGUUUUCCCCUAGGAAGCCUCGCGCUACGCAAGUCGUUUUAUGUCGAUGACUACAUUGGAGGAGCAGAUACGUUGGAUAAGGCUAUUCAGACCCGGUUGGAAUUGGACAAACUGUUGGCCAAGGGCGGAUUCCGACUGCGAAAGUGGACCACUAACAAUUCAAAAGUAUUAGAGGGUAUCGACCCAUCGCAAAUUGGUGCCCAGACUACUCUGCAACUCGACCACGGUCAACCCACCACGGCGCUAGGUGUAAGUCGGGAACCAAAUGCGGAUAAGCUGCUUUUUCAUUCCACAUUAACGCAGGGUUGCGAUCCAUUAACGAAAAGGGCCAUUCUGUCAUCCGUAUCGAAACAUUUCGACCCGCUGGGUCUAACCGCACCGGUAGUCAUUCGGGCAAAAAUGCUGUUGCAGGAUCUUUGGCUUCAACCCUGUGGAUGGGAUGAUGAGGUUUCUGACAAUAUACGGAAAAAAUGGGAAUGUUACCACCACGAUCUUCAAAAAAUUUCUGCUUACAAAGUUAACCGUUGCGUAGUCCUACCCAACUCCACUAUCCAAUUGCACACCUUUGCGGAUGCAUCUCAACAAGCAUACGGUGCAUGUGUUUAUGUUAGAUCUACCGAUCCCCGCGGGCAUGUCCACGUUCAGUUGAUUGCUGCGAAAUCCCGGGUGGCACCAAAAGGAUAA